AUGGACUCUCCGUCCGUUGGGCCGGCUGAAGUAUCCAUCACUGGCCGCAGAAGGACAUCUUCUGCACAGAGUACUGGCUUUGAUCACACUACUAAUUGUCGUGUUGAGGAGGAUAUCCUCUCGCGAAUUCGUGCACUCGUUUUAUCCCGCAAUACAAGUCGCCCACCUCGAACCCCAAAUCCAUCCGACGAACGCAACCCACCACGACACGAGGCCAGAGCCUUUGGAAGUCUCGACGAAUAUAUAACUCCCCAGAAGGCUGCAAGAGGUACACGAUCGGAUUCUGGGUUCCUCGGCGUGGAGCCACAGGCCCGUAACUUCCAUAGCUCUGACGGUAGCAUGGAUAUCGAGGUCCCACGUGUUCAAAAAUCUCGACAAAACUCCAGCCCUAGUGUGUCUACGAAUAAACGCACAGCCAGAUUACGGGGCUCGAGUUCGGCAAACGAUCUUCGCAUCGAUGGCGGUGCUGCUGACGUUGAUCCUUCCAUCAAUUCGAAACUCCUCGAAUCCAAAUCUCCGACGAAAACGGGCUAUUUUCGGCUCCCUAAGUUGGUAGUACGAGAUAUUGAAAAGCCUGGUAAGCCCAACAGUUCCAAGAUCGCGGUUGGAUCCUGUCUUCCGCCAAUCAAGAAUAUAUAUCAAAAAGUACCUACGGAAGAUACUUCUGCCCAGGAUAUUGAUCAAACUUGCCCGCACUGCGAACAACCAACCAGUAAGGAAUGUACAGCACUCGCUGUAGCCGAUGCGGAGUUAUCCAGAUUCUCUAAACUUCCGCAGUCUCCCCCAGAGGAAGUCAAGGGUCAGCCAGAAAUCGCUUGCUCCCCAACUUGUCCUCCAAAUUGCAAAGAACACUAUAUUUAUCAUCCUUUGCCCUCAACUCUAUUGCCAAAAAAUGAUCUUCUCAAAGUUGAUGUAACGAUGGUCCCAGAUGGUGUGGCAAACCUUGACUUUGCACUCAACAAUAUUAGGGGCCAACAAACUUUGACGCGGUCUUUAAGCUACAAGCCAGAGUCCGAUGGUAUUCGUGUCCGAGAUAAUAAAAAGUCGAGUGGUACUCGUGCCCAAGAUAAUACGAAGUCCGAAUCUUCCUUUACAACAGCAACCGUAACAAACCCAAGAAAUACCGAAGGAUCUCCACCUCCCACCCGAGGCAGCAGUGUCAGCUCGGUUGACACUUUCCCUCAUGUUUUGACCAGCGAGAUGGCUGUUGAUGAACUCACUCCUCUACCCCUUUCUUCGGCAGUCGUCACAAAUUUUAGCCUACCAGGUCCUAAAGCUAAACCAACUGUCUCAAUCUCCAAAGAUGAGGCUCAGAAAGCUUUACUUCCUGAACUAGGUCGAUCUCCUUCGACUGGAUCUGUUCGAGCUAAAGCAAAAACGCCAUCAUUGCUUUCCGGAGCAUCAAGGACAUCUGUCCGCCAUUCUUUACUCAAAUCGCCUUUAGCAACAGGUACACCAGUAGAUACUGGGCUACCUGUCCCACCAGUCUUAACGACCGUUACAUCAUCAUCCAAAGGUACAACAGAAAAGGCUACUAUUCCAACCCAAGUUGCCACGCCGAGCUCAGGCACAAAAUUACUCCUAGAGCCAAUAUUGGCCGAUAUUGCGGCAGCAGCAGAGCUCUCUGCAUUGAAUGCUGCAAAGGAGGGAGACGAAUUUGCGAACCAAUCUGGUACUUCGUCGGCAGACAAGCUUGUCGUAGAAGAAAUAUCGCCUACAUGUAUCAAGCUGGGCUAUAUCGACAAGUCAAGUCCAUCAGUACCUUUGCUCACCGCCGUUGUGACUGUUCCAAAGAAGCCAAAACCAGCGGAUACCCCUAGCGAUUUUUCUGAUAGGAAGCCUAGUAUCCCUGAACGUAACAAAGCACGUACAAAAGCCCUUACCGACCAGAAGUCUGUAGAAGAAAUACAGCAGCAAGAUGCCCCAGAAGCCUUUCCGCCGGUUGAUCCUCUGAAUGCGUCCUAUUGGGGCUUUGUUCCUGCAGUAAAAGAUGCGGUUCAAGAUGCAGUCAAGGUAGCUGUUCGUAAUGCUGUGCAGGACAUGGUCGUGCCGCCUGGAAUUGAGAAAGCCGAGGCAAGUGAUGCAUACAGAAUGCUUGUUGCUGAUUCUCUAGCUGAAGCAGCUAAAACUGCCGACGAGUAUUUGCGACGAGACUCUUUGUGGACUCAGGCACCAGAAUCCGCCCCUGAGUCUUAUUUUGAUGACCGGGAGCCUGAAAUAUCGAUAAUAGACUUUUCUCCUGCCAAGGAAGAAAACCCCAAAUCUCAGAGUCUUUCGCCAAACUCUGGGGAGAUGGAAGAGAUACCUCUUACCUCAACUAGCGGAAAUAGAAGACAGGAAUCCUCAAAAGCUACCACCACCAUAUAUGAUGCUAUUCCUCCACGAGAUUCUUCGAAAAACCGCGCUCUAAAACCCAGGAAUAGGGACAGGAACUCCUCUGCUGUGCCUGCCAAAAAAGAUACUCCUAGGCGCCGUGGGUCGAAGGAGGGCUUGAUGUCUGUCGCAGAUUCUACCACCAACACUACUUCAGAGGACAGAACGAUGAAUCGCAAAAGCACUGUUCAUUGGCUUAAAGAGCUAUUGAGCAGUAACGAUGCAUAUGCACCUAGACUGACGGCCUUACCGCCACGAUCUCGACGUGCCGAAGCUCAUAGUGAGUCUAGUGGCCGCCAACGUUCCUUUACAGCACCAGCAGUGCCAGUAGAGGAGCUGUUUCUUGGGGCUACACCAAGUCCCCUUGAAACCAAGCCAAAAAUCACUUUCGCUGAUCCGAAAGACAAAGGAGCAGCUGUUGCAGCAACUUUCACAAGGACUAUUAAUGACCUCGAAAAACUGCUUAACGAAGCACUAUUGAUCGCAAGACAAGCUGCAGAAAAAGACGAUGAUAACAGUGUGCCAAAUCUUCUUAGUAAUGCAGCUGCAAUUUUGAAGGGUGGUCGCAAAUACAUGGACAACGGGACAUCAUCUGUCCCACAGAAGAACCGAAGGAGACCCAGAAACGAGGCAUUGUCAAGCGUUGAAAGUAUCCCAAGUGCACACGAAAGUGCUCGUAGUUAUUCUGGAACAAGUACCGAAGGCAAUACUGACGAUGAUGAGUUUACCGAGGAUGAAACCACAAGUCAAGCACCUGCCUCCGACGUUGCGAUUAAAGAGCCGCUGGAAAGGCAGGAAGAGAAAGAAGCACUCGGUACGAAUCUCAACAUACCUGAUCAGGCUUUUAGAAAGCGUGAAAGGAGUGCUACUUGGGACAGUUCUAGAGCCUUACAUGCUUUGGACCUUCCAAGCAAUUCCAAAAAACCGCCGCCGUUAACACAGCGUCUCACUAUGCCAAGAAAAAGCACCGCAGGGGUCUCACCAUCAUCUGAGUCUAAUAGGAUUGAUUUUGUCAUAAGUAACGGCAACCUUGAGAAACCAUCGAGAACUACUACAUCUGGUGGUUUUGGCUGGCAAGACAUAUCUGAGCGUCAUACGGUCUACCAGUCUCCUAGUCUUUUACGUUCCCAAAGUGAUGAAGAGACACGCCCAGGAAAGCAACUUUAUGAAGAGGAUGAAGCCACACUAGCCAGACUUCCUGUCACUACACUUCGUGUUAAAACUUCCGUUUCAAACAGUCUUGAUGGCUCACAUCCUUCUGAGACAGUUGAUUUUCAAACAGGAUUUCAUCAUGAAUACAUUAUGCAACAUGUUGAGGGGAAAGGGGGAACAGCUCGAAGCCAGCCACGGAGUCGACUCAGAAGUCGAGCUCAAUCACAAUUUCGACAAGCCGCACAAGGUGGCGAGCCUAGUGGGGGUGGAGGGGAUGAUGAGGACAGAGAUAAAUUCGUAGAACUACGAGACCAACGACCGCCUAUAAACAGAGAUGGUUCCAACCGUUCCUUGAAGAUGAACACGAAUAUGAGUCAUCAUUUCUUCAAUCUUAAAGGCAAAAGACAUGUCAGCCUAAAAGAUCAUAAAGGGUUCAGCCUGGCAAGAACUCACAAACGAAAACCUAUCGCCAGAGACUGGUCUUCUUCGCGGAAGAGAUUCACGGCUAUCAUAACAUGUCUCAGUACGUUUCUUGUUGGCCUUGUAAUUGGUAUCUAUGCAGGCGAGGUUCCUUCGAUCCAAUACUCGAUUGUGGACUUGCACCAUUUCACAGUACUUGGGAACGUCUUCUUUUUCAUAGGUCUUGCCAUUCCAACUACUCUCUUUUGGCCACUCCCACUUUUACACGGUCGUAAGCCAUAUAUUCUUGGUUCAAUGUCGCUUGCCAUGCCACUGCUUUUCCCUCAAGCUUUGGCUGUUGGUGCAACGCGAAAUCCUAACUUGGACGGUUGGAGAAUUGGUCUGCUUUUGUCUCGAUCAUUCAUGGGUUUUGCACUUGGUUUUGCUAACAUGAACUUUUUGUCUACUUUGAUGGAUCUUUUUGGUGCUUCGCUUCAAAGUGCUAAUCCUCACCAAGAAUACGUCGAUGAAAGUGAUGUUAGACGUCAUGGUGGUGGCAUGGGUCUUUGGCUGGGUAUAUGGACCUGGUGUUACCUUGGAUCUAUUGGAGUUGGAUUCUUGCUUGGCGCAAUUAUUAUCAACUUCUUGACGCCUGCUUGGGGCUUCUAUAUUAGUAUUGCCAUUCUUGCGCUGGUAUUAGUUCUGAAUGUGGUUGGUCCUGAAGUUCGACGAUCUGCUUUUAGACGAUCCGUUACUGAAAUUAGAAAAGAUGAUCAAGUGUCUAGAAGGUUGGCAAAGGGUGAGGUUAAAAUGCAUAGAGUACAUACCGGACCGAAGUGGUGGGGUGAGGAAUUUCAUCAUGGUUUGUUGCUAACGCAAAGCAUGAUGCGUCAACCUGGCUUUCUGGUUUUAGCAUUUUAUCAGGCUUGGAUUUAUGGUCAGAUUAUCUUGGUUAUGAUUCUUCUCGGUUCUUUAACUUCAAAAUACUACAAAUUCAAAUCUCCAUAUGUUGGCGCAAGCGUGGCAUCGAUUCCACUUGGUGCACUUCUCUCCGUUCCAUUUCAAAAAGCAGGCAUCUUCAGCCGAGAACGGAAAGAAGGGAUGCAAAGUGACGACGAUACAUUGAAGAAGAAAAAGAUCUCUCUAUCAUCCCAUUUCGUUCGACGCUCGAUUUUUGUUAUUCUUCUUCCAUUCAUGGGCCUAGCUUAUACACUCUCGUCCACCGGGCCACCAGUUCCAUUCAUCUUACCUAUCAUUUUCGCUGCUGCCAUUGGUUUCCUUUCGAACCUCGCUGUUUCUGAGUGUAAUGGUAUCAUUAUGGAGACUUUCGAUACUUCGGAUCUUCAGCCUGGUAUGACGGGACGUCCGAGAAGUGGCAGUAAAUCCGGCAAAGUGACAAAUUACUCUUGUUUCCCACGCGUGUGUGCCGCUUUUGGUAUCACACAAGGUAUGGGAUUCUGUAUUGCGGCAGUGGCAAGUGGAGUUGGAGGAGUUGCUCAGAGACAUCUGGGUCAGCAGGCCGCCACAGGCGUGAUGUGCGGUGUUCUACUUAUCCUCUCUGUUCUUCUUAUCGGUGUGCUCGCACGUUUCCAAGAUGUACAAAUUAUUCCGGAAUCAAAAACAGGCGAGUUGGAACGCUAUCAGGCGAUGAAGAGGGAACAGUAUAUACAAGGAAAUACAGGCGAUGAUGUGGAUGAAGAAUUUAGGCCGAUCAUUAUUGGAAAUCCCACACAUAUCAUGCGCAGAAUGAGUGUGUUAGAAAUGGGUAGUAUGACGAGGUGGAGUGACAUUCGGAACAAAAAUAGGUUGGUGGAUGAACAGAGUUUGGAGGCUAGACAUGCGAAUUUGAAUACCUUGGUUCAGGUGGAGAAGAAGUUGAAGGAGAAGCGGAAGCAUGUUGUGGAGUCGGUGAGAAGAAGUUUAAGUGGAAGUAGGGAUGGGGGUGACGACGUUAGGGAGUAUAGUUAUGAGGAGAGGGUUACGACUAGUAAAUUGGUGCCUGCUGGUGGACGUAGUGAAUAUGGAGAUGAGAGGAUGGAUUUUAGAGAGGAUAGGAUGGGAAAGGUUAUGGGUAACAGUGGAAGAGAGAGUAGAGGUGGCGAUGUGAGGGAGAGAUUAGUGCAGGAGAAAGAGGUGACGACGACGCAAAGAAGUAGGGGGAUUUCACAAGGGGAUUUAGGUGGGCUGACAGAAAUUGAUUUGGGAGUUCCGGAAGGAGGAGUGGUGGAGGAGGAGCAGGGCCAAAGGAGUAGGGGUGGUAGGAAUGGUGAAUCUAGAAGUAGAGGGGUAACAGGGAUUAGUGCGAGGGAUAGAGAUAGAGAGGGUUAUGAUCCGAGGUUGAGAAGGGGCACUGUGGUUGGUAGUAGAGGUGAUGUUAUGGGGGACUUGAUGAAAUAA